CACAAUGAUCCGGUAGUUCUCCCAUAGCCAAAGCUUUUCGAAGCAGUGAGACAAGAAGUUGCCCUCUCCCGCAGCAUGCGUGAGGCAGCUGAAUAGGAACAACCAGAUAAUGGCCAGUGACAGCACCGAAGGUCGUGUAAAAGAAGCAAACAUGAUGACUAGGAGUGAGAUAACUAAAUCUAUCGAGGAUAAAGGGGGGGUUGUGAUAUCUAAAAUGCAAAAAGGAAGCCAGGUAUUUCAGACGUGCGACGCUGAUGCCACCAAUGCCCAAACGGUGGGGAUUUACGCUGUUGACUCGGUGGACAAGCUUUCGGAUGUCCAAGAAGCCGUCAAGGCUUGGGUUAAUGGUGAUUGUGUCGACAUCAAGCAAUCCAGAAAACAGGGAGAUGUUGAACUGGGGAUUCUGGUCUCCUCGAUAAAGGCAAAGCGAGGCCUGCAUUCUGCCCUAUCUCUGGUCACUGACACACUCAUUCCUCGCGCCGACUGCAAAAUUAUCCAGGUUUCAUCUGGCGAUAGCUGCGGUUCUCUGGCCAGCCGAUGCGGUAUUUCUGGCGACGACUUUAGCAAAUACAACUCCGAGUCCAGGUUCUGCGCCAGCCUCAAACCCAAGCAGUAUGCCUGCUGCUCGGCUGGAUCACUUCCCGACAUGACGCCCGAACCCCAGGCAGAUGGCACUUGUGCUGUCCACGAAGUCCAACCCGAUGAUGGCUGUAAUGAUAUUGCUGGACAAAACAGUCUCACAAAGGAGCAGAUAAACACUUUCAAUAAAGGUACUUGGGGAUGGUCAGGCUGUGACCGACUCCAACCUGGCACCAAGGCGCCGUCUGGAUCAUUUACUGGAUUUGAUCUGGCGAAGCUCAACCAAUGUCCUCUCAAAGCGUGCUGCUCCGGAUGGGGAUUCUGUGGCACAACUGACAAUUUCUGCACCGAAUCCCCAGCGGACACCGGCGCCCCAGGGGCAAUUAAAAACGGUACCCAGGGCUGUAUAUCAAAUUGUGGAACAGAAGUCGUCGGAAACGAAGAAAGACCCGAAGAGUUCAAGAAAGUCACAUACUUUGAGGCUUUCAAUGUGCAGCGUGAAUGCCUUACAAUGGAUGUUACCGAACUUGCCGACCAGACUGACCACACCCAUGUCCAUUUCGCUUUCGCAGGACCAAAUGAGGAUUUUGGAAUCACCUUCAAAGACGGCGUGAAGAAGCAGUUUGACAAGUUUGUCAAGAUGAAGGCCUCAUUCAAGAAGAUUCUCUCAUUUGGCGGUUGGGCUGAGUCGACGGAUGAGGGCACAUUCCAGCGAUAUCGUGAUGCCGUGAAGCCAGGAAACCGGGAAAAGUUCAUUGCCAACGUCAUUCCUUUGAUCGAGGAAAAUAACCUGGACGGCAUUGACUUUGACUGGGAGUAUCCCGGCGCCACUGAUAUCCCUGGCGUCCCCGCUGGUGGAGGGGAUGAGACGUCCAACUAUCUGGACUUCUUGAAGCUCAUCGAAAAGAAACUCGACGGAAAGUCUCUCUCAAUUGCACUGCCAGCCUCGUACUGGUAUCUGAAGUCAUUCCCCGUCGAGAUGAUGGCUCAUCAUCUGAGCUACUUUAUCUACAUGACCUAUGAUCUCCACGGUCAAUGGGACUAUGGAAACAGCUAUGCCAAUCCAGGUUGUAAAGCUGCCAAUUGCCUCAGAUCGCAUGUCAAUAAGACAGAGACGGAAGGUACCCUGGCCAUGAUCACCAAAGCUGGUGUGCCUGCAUCCAAGAUUCUGGUCGGCAUCUCUAGUUAUGGCCGUGGCUUUGGUAUGAAGAAUGCCACUUGUACUGGGCCGAUGUGCAAGUUCACCGGGAGCUUCUCCAACUCCACAGCUGAAAUUGGUGAAUGCACCGAUACCGCUGGGUACAUCUCCAACGCCGAACUCAACGACAUCAAUGACUUUGCAGACCAGGGCAUGCCUGGCUACAAGGCACGCAAGUGGCAUGACGACAAAUCCGACUCAGACAUCAUGGUGUAUGGAACCGAAGGUGAAAUCACGACCUGGGUGGCCUACAUGAGCGAUGAGACCAAGAAGAAGCGCAUUGAAUGGAUCCGUGAUCUCAACUUCGGUGGAACUACAGACUGGGCCGCCGACCUGCAGGACUGGAGCGAUGGCCCUGGGGUGAGAACAAGCUCGAUCUCUCCGGACCUCAGCAGCAACGUGGACUCUAUUCCCGCUAAUUGCCGUGGACAGGCCAUCCUCAAUGUUCUCCUCGGUCAUCUCGAUGAUGCAAUCACGCAUUACAAUAAAGCAUCCAAAGGAUACGAUGACAAGUUCAUGUUUUACGUCGAAUGGGUCAAAGACAGCAUUGACUCCUCCCUAGAAAAGUUCAUGAUACGCGACGGCCGCAACGGUCCUUGCACCGAGGCCAAUUUCAAGACAGGCGAUCUUCCGCCCACAAACCAGGGCCCUCGGUCGCUGAGAUACAAGAUGCGAGAUGAAGAUGGGUUUUACAAUGCUCUCUCUGCCCAGUACGGAAUCGAGAAGGAUUGGGUUGAAUGGCAGAAGGAGCAUAUAAUCGUGGAACCCUGCAUCUGCAUGCAGCAGGGCAUGUGCCCGGAAUGCAACACAAACAGUCUUGUGUACUACAACUAUCCCCGACGGCUCAGUGACGCAAGUAAGAUUGAUGUGAAGAAUCCAAAGGAGAUUGUCAACAAGGCCAUCCCCAAGACGGACGAGCUGGCCAGUGUCAUGAUUGAAACGUACAUGGAGAUGCGUUUUGGUACUCUGGAUGCGGAUGACAGCGAUGUUGUCACAGCGCUGAGUAUGCCCGUCUUCAUGCUCGAGGAUGCCGCCGUUCAGAUUGAGAAUAUCAAGGAGAUCGGAGAGAAGGAGAAGGAAACCAAGAAGCAUGAGCUGAUUAUUGGCAUCCUGAGCAUUGUCUUUGCUGUUAUUCCCUUUGCUGGCGAAGCGGCUGCGGCCGCUGUAGGUGGUGUCGCUGCCAUCUCCCGCACUGCAUUGAUCAUUGGCGAGGCAGGAAAUGCAGCCAUCUCCAUUGCUGAUAUUGUGAAGAAUCCAGAGUCGGCGCCAUUUGCUAUUCUCAACAUAUUAGGAAGUGCUGCUGGAAUUCGUGCAAAAGGCCCGCGUAAGGCAUUUGGUGAAGCGGCGGAUGCAAGGAAGGCAUUGAGUGCAGACAAGAUGAAGCUGUUUGGAGAGGCAUUCCAGCACAAGGACAGUCUGGUGCAGGGGAUUAUCAAGAAGUGUAGCAUCUGAUAGUAGAUAUAAAAGCCCAUUGUUGGUUAUACACGUGCAGAAUAUCUGUA